UGUAGAUACCAACAAUGAGUUGGAUCGAGCGACUUCGUAGUGAUCUGCAAUUUCACAAUCUGUAGACCAAUCGUAUCAGCUUAGCCCUCUUCAGCUGGUACAGUGUGAUAAGAUGACUGUAUAAAUAUGUUACUACAGAAAAAUCGCAUAAUCAUUCUGUAGUUGAAGUUUAACUAGUUAAGUUCGACAAUGUUUCCCACAUUUAACCCAGAAACAAAAGUAUGGAGCGGUCUUCAGCAGCCUCCAAUUUACAAUCCAGAGGCUAGUUUUGGUCAAGUUUUGCUUACCACACUGAACCGAAACCCAGCAAAAGUGAUUCAGAUUGACGGUGAUACGGGACGUUCAAUGACCUGUGAGGAAAUGCGACUGAGAGCGAUACGAGGAACCCAGAAUCUGACGUCGCUAGGAUACAAACAGGGAGAUAUGGUCGCAAUGGCUUGUGCCAACAGUGAAAAUGUUGCACCGAUGGUGGUGGCAUUGUUUAGUAUUGGAAUGCCAUUCAAUACACUUGCACCGAAUUAUGGACUGGAUGAUAUGGCCCACAUGAUGGGAAUCACACAACCAAAGUUGGUAUUCUGUGAUGUUAGUAACUAUGAAACGGUGAAGGAGGCGAUUAAUUUAUCAGUAAAACAAACGCCGGAAAUAUACGUAUUUGAAAGUGAUGUGAAAAGUGCUGAUGAUCUUUUGAAGGAAACUGGAAAAGAGAUAAUGUUUUUCCCACCGUAUCUUGGAAACUCUCGGAAUCUAGUAGGUGUAAUUCUAUGUUCUUCAGGAACAACAGGCUUGGCUAAAGGUGUGUCUCUAUCUCAUGCCCAACUGAUUGCGGGCUUCGGUCACGGCAUCGCACUGAGCAAUCUGGGUCUCGUGUUUAAUUUCAGUCCAUUAUAUUGGGCUACUGGACUAUACUUUCUGGUGUAUUCUCUCGUUAAUGGUGAUCCAAGAUUAAUCACAAGAAAGUCAUUCAGCGAAAAUGUGUUCUAUGACUUGCUGGAGAAAUAUCCAAUCCGAUUUUUGUUCACUCCACCCUCUUACGCGUAUCUUGCACUACGUCAUCCUCGUGCCAAAACCGCAAAAUGGUCAUCGAUUGCUUUUUGGACACUCGGUGGCUCUUUUGCUCCAGAGACGAUCCGUGAUGCUAUCGAUAAUGUGCUACCCAAUGGUAGGUCUUUUACUGGUUUGGGUAAUUCAGAAAUUGGUAGCAUAACCUCCGAUAUGUGGAAACGAAAACCAAAGUCAGCAGGGCAAUUACUACCAAAUAUGUUUGCUAAAAUUAUUGAUGAAGAUGGAAAUGCCCUAACUAACGGAGAGCAGGGCGAGCUUUUGCUAAAAUUCAGAGAGAGUAUCCUUGGAUACUAUAACAACCCGGAGGGCACAGCUGCUGCUAUCGAUGCAGAAGGAUGGUUUCAUACGGGAGAUAUAGGCUAUUUCGAUGAGGAAGGCUGCCUGUUCCUGACAGAUCGGAAGAAGGAAUUGUUGAAGUAUAUGGGUUAUCAAAUUUCCCCCACAGACCUGGAAGCGGUUGUGAGUCGAAUUGAUGGCGUUGAACAAGUAUGUAUUGUUGGAUUACCAGACCAGGACGGAACUUCUGACUUACCAGCUGCAGUUGUUGUAAAGGCGAAAGGGAGCACGUUGACCGAAGAGGACGUACUAAGAACAGUGCAUGGUCAGGUGGCGGACUAUAAGAAACUGCGCGGUGGUGUAUUUUUCUUGGCACAGCUGCCAAUGACGCCUACAGGAAAAGUAUUGAGAAGAAGGGUGCGUGAAGUUAUUUUGGAUAUGAGCAAUGGAAGUAGCGAAUAA